CUUACUUAGUCAGCGGACAUGCGAUUUAUCAUGGUGGAAAAGAAGGCAACUCACUAUAAAAUGCGUCUCGUUUCCACAAACUAAUACAGUACGAUUGAAAUUUCAUAAAGUAGAGCAGCCGUAAAUAAAUUGCAAAAAGGUAACAAUGGGUGAAAAAAUGAAGUUAUACGGGUUUGAAGUUUCUGGACAUGUUCAUAGAGUCCGACUUUUGCUCUCGUUUUUGAAGAUUCCAUUUGAAUGGAUCAUUACACAAUAUGCAGACAUGAAUUCAGAGGAAAUAAAGCAACUAAAUCCAUGGAAACAGGUUCCUAUUCUCAAGGAUGGAGAUAUCGUUAUCUCGGAUAGCAAUGCCAUUAUGGUGUAUCUAGUCAAAAAGUAUGGAAACGAAGACUUUUGGUUGCUUAAAGAUCCAUUGGCAUCUUCUUGGGUCCAAAGAUGGUUUUCCUAUUCUGCAGGAGAGCUACGUUAUGGACCAUCGACUGCUCGAAGGAUUCAGCUUUAUAAAACGAACGAAGAUUCCGAGGCUCCUAAACAGAUUGCAGCCAAAUUAUUUAAAUUUAUGAAUGAUUAUUUAGAAGGAAAGGAAUACUUAGUUAAUGAUCACAUUACGCUUGCAGACUUGGCCAUGUAUUCCUACACAUCGCACGCUCCAGAAGGCCACAUUUCGUUGCAGCCAUAUCCCAAUAUUGUGUCCUGGUUGAAACGCAUUGAGAGUCUCCCUGAGUAUGUUCCUCUCAAAUGGUCCUACCCAUCUAUGAAAGACUAUUAAUUACGAUGACUACGUUAUUGCCAUGAAUGAAAAAGUACAGAUAUGUUCGUUAAUUAUGGGAACGAAAAGCUUCCAUAUCAUAGGGAGUUACGUAUAUCAAAGGUUAUUACACACGUUUUCCAUCAAAAGAUUAUUUAGCAAGAGCAUUAUAUCGUAAAUCAAUUAUCCAAAUCUCAAUCAACUUUAUGCCUUUAUAAUCAAUGUCGAAUUUCAGCGAGACACACAACCGGCCCAGCCCAUAGUCCAAUGAGAUUUGCUCAGCGUGCAGGGGUCUCGUUUAUUGAUAGAUUACUAUUGUUGUUCGUGUAAGAAGUUUCUUCUUUCUCCUUUGGAGACUCUGCCUCGGUAAUGACAUUCAACUUUACUGCUUCUUGGUUGUCGGUCUGGAAAGAACGUAGAUAUGUCUUUGAGAACCUGUGAAUACCGACCAAAUCAAUCAUCCAAGAAAAUAUAGUGCCAAAUACUGGAAAUUCUAAAAAGUCUAAGACACUGUAGAAGACAGCUUCUCCAAUUGGUAAAGGGUAGCCAAUGCCUUCACAGAAACCCCAGCUGACAAAAUACAAAGCCCAAAUAACAAAAAAGUAAAUGAUGGAGCAUAAAAAUCCAACCUUUGCUUUGCGUUUUAGAGGUUGAAUAUCAUGUUUAUAGGUCAAAUAAGUAUGCAACAUGGCACAGGCA